AUGGAUUUUACUGCGUCACUUGAAUCAUCUAGCAGCCUCCAGGUUAUCUUUGUAAACCCUGCAAAGCCGAAAACAAAACGCCAUUUCUCGAUACCCCAAAGUGAAGAGCAAUGGCAGAAUUGUAGAUGCGAAUAUGGCUUAGCCACCGUCGAUAGUCUUAUCAACAAGGUAUCUAAUCUCCGUGGCUGGGAUCAACGACAUUUACAGGAAUGGGAAAAAGCCCUGAAAUCAAAGACUCUAACCCGACAGGAUCUGGACGCGUUCCAACAGGCUUGUCACACACGCCAAAGCGUGCCCAGUCUCCGCUUCGAUUCGGGAGGUUUCCAAGCAUCGCAGUUGCCACAGGAGUCGCAGGCGUUGGACCAUGAAUUAGGUCAAGCUCUGCACAUUGACAAAAUGUUUCCUGCUGAUCUCAAUAUCGCCAUCGCUGGCUACAAGGUAUUCGACAUGUCACAGGAACUCUAUCAAAAAGCUUCAGUGGCCGAAAAACAUCAGGAAAUUUGCAAUCGUAUUGAGCGGAGUAAUGCAUGCAUUACACAAUACGAGUGGUCUGACAGAUUCCAUUUACCUGCGGCCAACCAAGCUAUCGAUGACUUGGUUUACAAUGGCGUCCUACGCGGGAGCGAUGUUUUUAGACAAAAAACUUACCUCAAGUAUUGUGGUCACCUUAAAGUUGAGAACUCCAGUUUGCAGAUACUUAUACCAACAUCACCAAGAGAAAUACUAGAUGUGUCGCUACUCAGCUCUGAGCACAACAUUGACCACAAAAUUCCUUGGAGGACUGAUCAGGUGCUACUUCUUGGACAAGGCACAAUACUGUCGACCAAAGGGAACAUUGGUUUCAUCUCAAUAGCCAUGCCACUUAGUUCGGAGUAA